AUGUGUGCAGAAUUUCAAGAAAAAUACCAUGGUGGAGCAGACGUGUUGCCCAUGAGCUUCUUCAGAAAGGCAGAAUUUCUCCUGCCGCCACUGACCCGCAGCAGCCAGUCUGACAGCAUGACCAAACGCGCCCAGCGUGCUUGGUUCCAACGGUUGCUGACGUAUUUGCAAAAGAAGGAAGGUUGGUCUGCAAGCGCCUUGAAAUCUCAUUGUGGCCAGGCAGACAUGGGUGAAGAGUUGCGUCGAUGGAGAGUUCUGGCUGGAGAGUUGGACAGCACCCUCAGUGCUAUCGGGGGUGUGACUUCAGACGAAGAGAGUUUUUUGAUUUCUGCUUUCGCUCUUGGACACGAUGACCGCAAUCUGACAGAGUUUUGCCGCUUGAAGCUUGCAGAUUGUCGCAGUCGGAAGGCCCGUGAAGAAAUGGACAGACGCGUUGCCGACGCAAAGCAAAGCUUAGAGGCAAAGCAGGCUGCCGCAGCAGCAGCCCCGAAAGAGACAAGCGAAACACAAGAAGAGGUGCUAGCUGCAGAAGAGGAGUUGUUUGUAGCUACUUCGUGCCAAGCCUGGGCCGAGCGAAAGAAACACUUCCAAACUCACUUGGAUGACUGCUUGGAAAUUUUGUCUGCGGCAAAGAAAGCGAAUGACAGCGCCUUGCAGAACGCAAAGCAGGCUGGCCACUGA